GUGAGCUGUGAUUGGUCACAGCUUGUCACAUGGUUAAAGGCUAUUGUAAAUAGCCCUGUACCAUGUGACCUCUGUGAUUAUUCACAGAUUUCACACGUAGUAAGCAAUGAUGUCAGAAGUGACAUAUUGCUUACUACUAUUCAUGUGAUCACUGAUUGGCCAAUCAGAGAUCACAUGAUCAGGACCUAACGCAGAGGUCCCGUAUAGCGAUCGGUGUUCGCUCCCACGGAGCACAGAGGACACAGCGGGCACCGGAUCACGGUGCUGCGCGCUCCCAGGGAACGCGUACAGUCCAAAAUGGCGGGCGCCAUUUAUGA